UUGUCGCCAUGGACACACUGCUCUCUGACCAGCCGCUCAAACAAUAGAGAUUAUUAUUGUUGUUGUUGUUGUUGUUGUUUGUCUCUGUGAGAUGACUGACCGUUAGAAGUGUCUGACGGUGCAUUUGCCUGUAGUCAAACACACACAGGCUUUUACAACUUCUCCACUAGUAAUAUGACUAAUCGGAUUUGCAUAAGGGGGAUUGUUUCUUCUGAGUGCCUAUGUGUGUUACAGAAUUAAAAAACAACAACAACAUCAUCAACAACAACAACAACCCGUUUGAUCUGGAGAAUGAAUAAAUAAAUGCCCUGUUCACCACAUUAAGCAUUCCUCCUUCUGGAAGGCGCACGCGCUCAGGGAGUGAUUAUUGAGCGUCAUGUGUUAAAUGAUUGAACCGAGGCGAGUUGGUGGGAAAACUUUUCCUCCUUGCUUUUAUUGACCGUGCAUUCAGAAGAAUAGCGCGUAAUGCGGAGUGUACACCAGGCCAGGCUGGAAUCUGUGUGCUGUCCGGUCUCAAAGUCGGAAAGCCUCUUAAAAUGUGUGUGAACACGGCAUACUGUCAGUUGUAGAAGAAAUCCCUGAGGCCAACUCUUCACCUCUGCUAGCAUCAAUCUUAGCCGUGCACCAACCAGUGAGAACAUUGCUGCCCUUUGCCUUCUCCCUCCACUCCUCCUCCCCUCCUCCUCCCUCUCCCUCCCCCUCGAGCUGUGGGCCAUGUCUGCCAGUGGGGGGUUGAUGGAGGGAAACCAAGCUAGAGAGGAUGAAGAUGCUCGGGACAGCUGCUGUGCUGAUGAAGAAUCUUCGCCCGUGGUGGAGAGGAGGAACCGGAGUGGGAUCAUCAGCACACCACUCAGCAAGAGCCUCAAACACUCCCGAGCACUCUCUCAGUACAUCGCCACGUGCUCCGCUGCAGCUGCAGUUGCGAAUGCUAAUGCUAACAGACUUGCCCAGAGCUCCUUAGUACCCGCAGGGAUUAAGUCUCACUCGGUAGACGCCCAGCACAGGGGCCAGGUGGGACUUACCAAACUUGACCGGGGUGCACUGGUUUCUAGCCUUCUGGACUCUCCAAGCGGUUUGCAUCUGGCCCAGGCAGCUGAGCUCUUACGACGAGCUAGCAUGCUACUUCCUGUCUCUGACUCCUCCAACCUUGGUGUGGGCGGGGACAUGGAGGCAGUCUCAGCCUCUGAUUCACUGGGGAGUGUGACAGACUUUCCGUUGUUGAGCAAUGGUGGUGGAGUCGGGGGCACUUUCCCGUUCCACCCAGGCCUUUUCAUCAUGACGCCGGCUGGAGUGUUCCUGGCUGAUGGGGCACUGUCGCAGGUGACAGGAGCUUCUGAGCAGCAGCAAGCGCACAAUGAGAUGGCAGCAGCUGCCAGCGCCAAUGCCAAGAAGAAGCGCAAACGCUGUGGUUUGUGCCCGCCCUGCAGACGCAGGAUCAACUGCGAGCAGUGCAGCAGCUGCCGAAACCGCAAGACCGGCCACCAGAUCUGCAAGUUCAGGAAGUGUGAGGAGCUCAAGAAGAAACCAGCUGGAGGGCUAGAGAAGGUGAUGCUGCCCACCGGAGCUCCUUUCCGCUGGUUCCAGUAGGACGAUGGCCAACCGGACUCCCUGGCGAGCUCAAAUUAACAAACUGCCAAUCACGCGCAACGCCAACGCCCACUCGGACUGCUGCUGGCUCAUAAACACUGGCCACAAAUAACAAAACGAAUAAACAAACAGCCUCUAUGAACCGAGAGAGGUAAAAAAAGAAGGCACUAAACGAGGAUGAAGCUAGUUCUUCUGAACCAAAAAUAGACUGCCAUGGCAGCAUGUCAUUGCUUUGUUUAUUUUUUUGUUUGUUUGUUUGUUUGUUUGUUCGUUGUUCUCUAUGUUCCAAUCAGGAACCGUUCGACUUUUUAUUGUGGAGUCGUGUCCUUUGUUGGACACUUUGGGAACUCUGGACUGCCAAACAGAAGAUGUACAAUCAUUUUAUUUUCUGUGUUUUUUGUGUUUUGUCCAUGUGUGGAGGAAUGCUGUAUUUGCGUUAGAGAAUGUAAACUCGAGACUCUGUAUUAAAGCUAGUUAUUAAUCCAGAGCACUAUUGUACAGUUAGCACCGACGUUCUUACUGACUGCUUCAGUAUAUUUGGAUUUGGCUUUUUUAUUUUCUUGUUUUUUUUUUUUUUUUUUUGGGAGGGGGGAAUAGUUUGUCAUAAAAACUGGUUUUCAGAUCGCUGUUUGAUAUCAAACCUGAUGAAAAGACAGAAAUCAUUAUGAUGUAGCAUCCCUUUUGGCAAACAAACAAACAAAAAAACAUCUACUGUUAUUUUUUUUGUAUUGUGAAACCGAAUCAAUGUAGUUCUGCACUGACGUCAUUCAAGGAUGGCUGAGACAAACGGAAAAAAGGAGCACGAACACCAGCCGGCGGCGUUUACAGAUCAGAUUACUUUCCACGGCAGGUUGUUGCUCUGCUAGAUCCUGAUUGGUCAAACGGAAAUCACUGACACAACAGAGAUCUCUAAACAAAAAGUGGAGGCCCUUAUUCUACUAAACCACAUCAGAAAGCUAUCUGUACGUUUACCUAGCUUGCGAGAUUCCGAGUGAGAUUAAAAAGACUCAAGGACAAAAGACAUCCCUCCCUCCUGCACCAUAACCACAUGGUGGAGGCCAUCUUGGAUGGCUGACCACAAUCCGCUUAAUCAGUCACGCUGGUGGUGUUCUGUUCUGAUUUUGUGUUGAAGCCUGGCUAGAAAAGGACGAAGCCCAGGUCCCUAAAGUGUCUGAAGAUCUUCAGUGCGACAUCCGUGUCUCCACAGCCACCAUCCCGAGGGCUGCGUUUGUAAACUGAAUAGACGAAUGCAUGUAUCUGUGUCAGAAACCGACAGCUCUGAGGUUGCAGCUUUCCUCAGCUUUGGAAUAAAUAGAGAUACCAACCUACACUGUUUGACCCUGGAAUAUGUAAAUGUGUCACUUGUAGUACAAAGUUUAAUGGAUCUGAAGGAUAAUUAGAAAACAGAUAGGGUGCUGCUCCAAAGGUCAUUCAGGGUGAAAUCGAUGCCCAGUCAAAUUUCCGCAUUCCCACAUCAAAAUGUGUUUUGUAGUACGUAGGGAGGAUUAAUAGCCUGCAUGUGGGAAAAAACAGUCACAUCAGUGUAUUUUUGUUUGGAGUGUAGGAGUGAAUGAGUGUCUAGGUCUGGGUUUUGUUUUUGUCUUUUUCUUUUCUCUCUGUGUAAGCUCUGUCUGGAUUAAAUCGUCAGCCUAUUACAGAAACAAUGGGCCUCAUUUAUGAAUCGUUCAGUAAAGUUGUGCGUAAAUGUUGUCAUAAGCCAAACCAUACAAAAAAAAAAAUCCCACCAGAUUUACAAAAGUUUGGGUAAUGCUGAUUUUCUUCAUGCAUAUGUUGAUAAAUGCCAAUCACCCAUAAAUUACCAAGAGUGUUCACAUCACAGCUGAUUUAUAUUUAGCGACGUCCGCAAAACACCAUAAAAAGCAAAGAUGACAGAGCUGAAAAUGACAACAUGACAAUUAAAUGGUGAAAGAGCGCCUCCUAAGUGUCGCGUGCAUCAAAUCUUCUAGUAACGCAGCUCAGCCACUGCAGCAAAUCAGCUACCUUAAACCUACAUUAACUCUUCCUCCUGUUAUAGGGCGCCAUUUCUUUUGACCUAAUUGAAUGGAUAGUUUUAUUUGUAUUAAUUUAUGGAUUUGUUUUGGAUUGCUUUAAGUCAUUAAUAUGAAAUGACUGAGUUUCACAAAAUUUUCACUAAAUUUGUGUGUGAUUGAAAUAAAUAAGCUAUUUAAACUUGA